GGGAUGCAGUUUUACAAAUCCUACUAUUGCGAAGGACAAGGUCAUUAAUAUUAAUUAAAGCGUGGUGACGUUAUAACUUUCACGGAGCGUCUACUCACGUAACCUAAUUAAUAUUCAGAGAUCACGCGCCCACUUACCAACGUGUGUCUUUCAGCAAAUCAGUUAGGAAUACUGGGCGAACGUUACUUUACGUAAUUAAUAUUCAUAAGCCAAGCAUUUCCCAUAGUAGGGUUAGUAGAGAUUUCGCUAACAGGACACGGGAUCAGCUCAUUAGCACACGCCUCAGCCCCAUUGAGAUCCGCCCCAGAGCUUCUCAUCGACGCACAACACUGAUGACAACAAGGGAAUAUUUGAGCAGCUUCUAACAUAACGUCUUUAAGCGUAUUCCAAGGCUAUUAGAUUUACAAAAUUACAAACAAAAAAAUGUUCCGAAUGAGGCAGCCGUUUGAGAGCGAGAAGCUCCAACUCCAGGAGCUCAACCAAAAACUCAGCCAGUACCUAAUGCGCGCAAAACAGUUGGAGCAGGAAAAUACCUGCCUGAUAAGCGAAAUCAAUUCAAUCAGACAAACUAAGUCAGGAGAAUGGGAAAACAAACACAUGUCAGAGUUACGGGAGAUGAGAAGACUGGUGGAGCGCUUAUCUUUCGAGAAAUGCAGAGCAGAAAUGGAGCGCGAGAAGCUGCGCAAUGAACUUCAGAUGCUUCACGCGAUGCGUUCAGAGGAGGCUUCGGUGAGCAAAAGCAUCGACAGCGAGAUUAAAGGUUGCGAGAGGCAACUCCAUCAUGCACUUCAGACCAACACUGCGUUGGAAGAUCGUCUCAUUCAGCUCGAAAACGAAUACAAGUUUUUGGAAGAUGCCCACAGAAAAGAAAUAGCCCACCUGAGGGACCAGGUGCACUCUCGAACUGUACGUGUUGUCACGCAAACGCAUCGCGCACCUCCACAGCUUACGGUUACGAUGGAAGAGGUGCAGGAGUAUGCGGCCAACUUCGCCGAAAGCUGGCAAGAGACUUUGGAUAUGUACCGCCUAAAGGUAGAGGAAAUCGAAGAGUCUAUCAAAGCCGACCAGGCGAGGCUAGAAGAUAUUCAGAGAGAAAAGAGGGAAUACGCUUCACAAUUCAAAAUGCUGCGAGGAGAAAUUGAGCAACAAACUCAAGUGCAGUUGAACCUUGAAGAGCAGCUCAUGAACAUGCAGGAAAAUUCCAGAGCUGAAAUCAAUCAGUAUCAGGUUAUUAUUGAGGAUCUGGAGUAUGAGCGCAAGUUGCUGUCCGACACCAUCUCAGAGAAGCUAAAGGACCAUCAAGAUCUCUUGCGGGUCAAGAUGGGUCUUGCUCUGGAAGUGGCUACAUAUAGGGCACUCUUGGAAGAAGAAGGAAGACCUACUCAAAUGUGGUCUAAUCAGCACUCAAGAGAAAGAGUAAUAGAUAUGAAAAUGCCAGCCCACCCUUUCGCCCCAAGAGUCUCUAGCACUCUGGCAGGUCAACCAGAUAUGAAAAAAUGCUUCACAGGAUAUGAUAUGCCCAUCAGUGUAUCAAAUCGUGCUCCGCAAAGUUUGAGAAGGGACAUGAUUUCCUUUACCAAAGCAGCUCAGGCAGCUGCUGCUAAUUACCCAAAAGAAGUUUCACAGCAUCCCCUGCCCAGGGUCGAAAGUACAUCCAGCUCUAAAGUCUCACAAAUAGCGCAACCAAAGCCAGUGAAACUGGUAUCACCUCCUAUGACCUUAAGCAAGGCCACCAUUGAAGAAAGCCAUCAAAAAGAUGUUGAACCGAAAGAAAAGAGAAUGAAUGCCAAGGCAGCAGGGAAAGAAGAAAGACAGUACGUCAAGGUAAAAGAAUCAAAAGCUAAAGAUGAAAGAGAGUUUGAAAGCCACCAGAAAGAUGUUGAAAUGAGAAUGGAUGCCAAAAAAGAUACAGACAGUUCCAAGGCAACAAUGAUAGAUGAAACACAACAUGUCAAAAUAAAAGAGUCCAAAGCUAAAGAUGAGAGAGAGUCUAAGGUAUUUGUAGGUGAGGAAAAAGUCUUUGAUGCUGUUUCUGUGGAAGAAAUAAUUCAGCAGGUUAUGAAACCUGCUGGUUUGGAUACUAGGGUACUCAGCUCAUCCCCUGACUCAAAAGUCACAUAUCAUGUGGAGAAAACAGAGCAAGAUGAUGGAACCACCAAGACUCAGAUUGUCUUACAAUCUAAAGUAGAGGAAGAGCUAGACCUAUCUGAAGAUUCAGCCCUGGAGGAACUUCUCAGCAAGGGAGUCAAGACAGUUAGCCUAGAGAACAUCAAAGGAACCCCAACAGGAAACGUGAUCGAGAACCUGUUGAGUCUUGGUCUUAAAGGUGAGAGCUUGGGAAACAGGUCGGUGAAUGUGGAGAUAAUAGAGGAACCCGUGGAGUCUCAAAGUGAUGAGGAAUCUGAAAUUGAAAUGGAGGAGACUGUGGAGAUUAAAUCCCAACAACCAAACAUCAAAACCUCAUCAAUGUUCUUCCAAAUCGAGGAGCUAGAGAGCGACUCUAAGACCAUAAAACCCAAUGAGGGCGGUUCUAAGACAGUCGAAGCGAUCAGAGAUGAAAGUUUACCCUACUUCUCCCAUGGCCAAGAUUCACAAAAAUACUUUGUCUCCAAUCCUGAGGACAAUAGGUCUGAGUCUGAGGAGGAUGGAAGGUUCAUGUCUUACACCCAUUAUGGAGUUGUGGAUGAUCUGUCUGAUGAAAGAUAUUACCAGGAAGACAAGGCCAAAAUGUCCACUACUGAGGGUCACAGUUACAGAGAUUCACCUGAAUAUGGUGACCACUCGUUUGUGAGAGACAGUAUCCAAGAAUGCAUAAUUGAAGAGGAGGUGCAUGUCUCUCCAACGUUGCAACAGUCCAUAGUGGGAAUGCUGACAGAGGAGUCAAUAGACCGCAAACAACAGCUUAGAGGUGCACUAGAGCAAAUCCAAGGUACUGUCACUGGGGCCCUGAAGGAAGAACUUGCAUUUUUAACUAAAGGUGGGGAGACUCCAGACAGUGUCUCAGUGGACAUCAAGAAAGUGGAACAAGUCACAGACAAUGGAACCAUGACCAUUGUGGCAGAGCUUAAUGUAUCCCAGACUUUGGAGGAUUCUGAGCUCCUGGAGGAGGAAGGGGACGAUCCAUCGGAAGAGCAGAUAAUGGCAGCAUUGAGCUCAUCCAACCCAGGACUCCAGCAGGCCCUCAGAGGAGGAGCUGGAAUAGGAUACACUAUAAACGUUUCCCAAGAAGAGUUUGAAACGGAGGGAAUGACGUGGAUGACCAGCGAUGAAGAGAUUGGACACUGGAGCUCUGAUGAGGUCAGCAAGAUGGAGAAACAUAUUAAGCUGGGUCCUAGUGAGAAAUCCUUCACAUUUCAAAUAGAUGCGAACAGCUCUUCUGCAUCAGCAAGUGGAGGAGGCAGCGAAACUGAAGAAAAAAGAGGCAGCGGCACUACUGAGUUUUUGCAGACCCAGAUGAUUGACCCUCACUUGAAGGUCUGUCACGAGAAGAGAAUCGCAACUGUUUAUCUUGAAAGCCCCAAAGAUGACCAAGACUAAGAUGAAAAUGCCCUUCAAUUUACACAUUAUAACUCAAAAUAUCAAUUAAGUCAGUCACAUACUGUAUUUCAUUAUGAAAAUGGACAAAAGCAAUCAGGUGUUGUUGAUCGUCGAAUCAAAAAUCCAGGAUCCAUGACUGAUUUUCUGGUAUAUCUGACAAGUUAAAGGGACAGUUCACCCAGAAAUUAAAACUCAUCAUUUAACCUCAUGCUUUUCCAAACUCGUAUUACUUUUUUCUUUCAUGGAAAACAAAAGAUGUUUGGCAGAAUGGAUGUCUCAGUCACAAUUCACUUUCAUUGCAUCUUUUUCCAUACCAUGAAUGGUGAAUGAGUGAAUGGUGACUGAGGGAAACAUUUUGCAUCUUAACAUCUUUUGUGUUUUACAGAAGAAAGUAAGUAAUAUGGGAAUAAAACAACAUGAGGGUGAGUAAAUUAUGACAGAAUUUUCAUUUUUAGGUGAACUAUCACUAAAACACUGUUUUGGUUUGAUCUUAGUAUAUAUUUUUGUAUUAACUACCUGGACGUCUUUUUUAUUUUAUUAUUAUAUAGUUUUGCUUUAAGUACAGAAAAAGUUAAAUACAGUAUUUUCUUUCCAUGUCAUUUCAUUUCUUGUAAAAGUAUACAUUGUAGGCUAUGGCAUGUUUUUAGAAAAUAUGGUCAUGUUAAACAGAAAAUGAAUAAAUCGAGAUGGUAUUUACAAAAGUAUGCAUACCUUUUUGGUUACGGACAUACAGUUGUGGCCAAAAAUAUUGGCACCCUUGGUAAAUAUGAGCAAAGAAUGCUGUGAAAAAUAUGUCUUUAUUGUUUAUCCUUUUGAUCUUUCAUUAAUAAUAUUCACUAAAAUCUAACUUUUAAUUGAAGUAAACUAAUUGACAGUGGGGGAAAAUCUCAUAAUUAAAUAUUUUUCUCCAAAACACCUUUGCCACAAUUAUUACCACCCCUAGAAAUUCUUAUGAGUAAAAUAUAUCUGAAGUAUAUUCCAGUUCAUAUUUUACAUUUUUUAGUUCUCCUGGGUGACUAGGAACAUGAAAUUGUUCAGCCAUGACUUCCUGUUUCACAGAGCUAUAAAUAUUAAGUAACACACAAGCCAAAUUCCCUUAGUCAUCCAUCACAGUGGGUAAGACCAAAGAAUAAAGUUAUAAUGUGCAGCAAAAUGUUGUUGAGCUUUACAAAAUGGGAAGUGGCUAUAAGAAAAUAGCUAAAGCAUUGAAAAUACCCAUUUACAUCAUGAGGGCAAUAAUUAAGAAGUUUCAAUCAACUGGAGAUGUUAAGAAUCGGCCUGGAAGAGGACAUGUGUCUGUAUUGUCUCCACGCACGGUGAGGAGGAUGAUUUGAGUGGCCAAAAAUUCUCCAAGGAUUACAGCUGGAGAAUUGCAGAAAUUAGUUGGGUGUUGGGGUCAGAAGGUCUACACAACUACAAUCAGAAGACACCUACAUCACCACAAGCUGUUUGGGAGAGUUUCAAGAAAAAAAGCCUCUACUCUCAUCCAACAACAAACUCAAGUGUCUUUAGUUUUUUGCUAGACACUACUGGAACUUCAAAGGGACCGGGUUCUAUGGUCAGAUAAAACAAAAAUAGACCUUUUUGGCAGCAAACACCAGAGAUGGGCUUGGCGCACACAGAGAGGUAGCCAUAUGGAAAAGUACCCCAUGCCCACAGUUAAAUAUGGUGGUGGAUCUUUAAUGUUGUGGGGCUGUUUUUAUGCUAGAGGUCCUGGACAUCUUGUUCGGAUACAUGGCAUCAUGGACUCUAUCAUAUACCAACAGAUAAAAAAAUCAAAACCUGACUGCCUCUGACAGAAAGCUUAAAAUGGGAUGUGGUUGUAUUUUCCAGCAGGACAACGAUACAAAACACACAUCAGAAUCAACACAAAAAUGGUUCACUGACCACAAAAUCAAGGUUCUGCCAUGGCCAUCCCAGUCCCCUGACCUGAACCUUAUAGAAAACUUGUGGGGUGAACUGAAGAGAGUCCACCUGUGUGGACCUUGGAAUUUGAAGGAUCUGGAGAGAUUCUGUAUGGAGGAAUGGUCUCAGAUCCCUUGCCAGGUGUCUCCAACCUCAUUAGGUAUUAUAAGAGAAGACUCAGAGCUGUUAUCUUAGCAAAGGGAAGUUGCACAAAGUAUUGAAUAAAAGGGUGCCAAUAAUUGUGCCACACAUACUGUAUAUUUGACAAAAUAUAUAUAUAUAUAUUUUUUUUAUAAAACUUGUGUUGUGUUUGAUAUCCAUUAGAGGAUAGAUUUUUGUGAAUAUUUUGAAUGAAAGACUAUUUUUCACAGUCUUUGCUCAUAUUUACCAAGGGUGCCAAUAUUAUUGGCCACAACUGUAAAAUGAACUGACUUGGGCAGUGUGGUAUACGUUUGGCCACAGACACAGUUUCUAGCUCUGCUAAAGUUAGGAAAUACUAGACUGUCCUUUCUGUUUCCCAGAGAUCUCUUAAUCCUUAAAUUACAUUAGACCAGCGAGGACUAAUCGCUCUUACAAGACGAAACAUUUUUCAUUGCCCUGUUAUAAACAGAGAGAGAGAGAGCAUGAGUGUGACUGAAGAAAUCACGCAUUAAAAAUAAGUGCUAGGCAGCUUACACAGAAGUGUGCAAGUGUUUCAAGAAUAGCUAGUUAAGUGCUAUUAAGCCUAUUACGAUACUCAGAUUGAGGAUUCACCUCCACUAAAGGAGUGCGUCUAAUGUGUGUCUAUUUUUAGGAUUCAUACUUGAAGACCUUCUAUUGAAAGCUUAGACUGAAAAUUUACCAAUGUGUAAAAAUUUAAGUUUUCCUCUAUUUUUGUAAAACCUUCAUGCAUUCUGUUACAUCUUUUGACAGAUAUCAAACAUAAUUUAUGUAAUGUCAUUGGUGGCUGCAAUUAACAAUAGAGUGUCAUUUAGAAUGAAAUAGCAUGUGACAUCAUUUCAAGAUGCUUGUUGAAAAAUGAGGCUCUCAUUUAACACAUAAUUUUUAAGUAUCUUUUCAUGUCUGCAUCAAUACAAACCUUUAUAGAAUCAAUAUCCUGAAUGUUAACAGAUUAGAUAAACUGAUUAGAAUUAUUCAAAAAUUAAAAUUCUGUCAUAAUUUACUCACAUUCCUGUUGUUUUUAAACCCAUAUGACUUUCUUUUAUCCAUGUAACACAAAUGGAGAUGUUAGGCAGCAUGUUAGUCUCAGUCACCAUUAGAAAUGAUACAAUGAAAGUGAAUGGUGACUGAGGCUGUCAGUUCCUAACAUUCUGCCUUUUGUGUUCCAUGGAAGGUAGGAAGUCAUAUAAGUUUGUAACUACAUGAUGGUGAGUAAAUGAUGACAGAAUAUUGAUAUUUUAAGAUACUGAUAUUAUUCAUCAACAACAAGUGCUAUUCUAAUCCAUUUCCAGCCAUUUAUCUGCAUCCCUUGAGAUGGUGUUCAGCACCUGACAAUAUCUGUCUAAAUCUAUGCAUAGGGUUCUAUUAUUCAAUAAACACUGUGUGAGCCCUCCUUUUGUGCAUAUACUGUGCAUGCAGAUUUACAGUGUCAUAUGCUAUACAACCUUUUACUGCCACAGCAGGGAUUGGUUUCACCUGGCAGACUACAGAUGUAUUUCUGCAAUUUGAAAUUUCACAAAAAGGGUGUGUUAUUUUUAUUUUUUAUUAUUUAUUUUUUUUUGUUUGUUUGUUUUGUUUAGUUUUUUUUUUUUUUUUUGCUGUGUAAUUCUUAAGAAAAAGACUUGGUAUCUUGUCUGCUCACUGUCUGAACAUUGGAUAACACAAUAAACAAACCUUUACAGACAAGCACAGAGUUUGUGUAGUGAGUCCAGUUCAAUCCUCAGAAAAAUAUUUGCAGUCAAAGUAUUAUAAUGAUAGCUCUAUCAUUCAAUUAAAAUUAUAGAGCUAUGCAGUCAUAGAGUAUUUGCAGAAACUGCUGUGAAGGUGUAUUAGAUCACUGUUGGACAGUUCUAAUUUUUGAAGUGCAAAGGUAGUCGCCCUGCCAACAGCUGAGAAAUUAGAGACACAGCAGAGCUUGUCUGCUGUCCAAAGAAUAUUGCCUUGUUUUGUUUUUUCUCUAAUCCACAGACUCCCCUUGGUGAAAUAGGAGGAAGUCAAACAUCCCUGACAGUCCCAGCCACAUUAAUUACAUAGGCCUGGUGGUCAAUGCUCCUAUGAAUUGGAGAUUCUUUAUUUCACCUCAGACGGAGAUGAUACCACUGCACAGAAAUGAGGCCUUGUAUCAAACCUCUGGUGACCUAGAAGAUAUAAUGCAUUAAGUGCCUUAUCUAGAAGUAAUAUUCACAUUCACUAACACACUAUAUUCCAGGUUAAAUGUCAGUUUACUGCAUUGGAAGCACAGUAUUGGCAUUUUUAGGGUGCAUUGUGAUAUGUGUGUAUCACUUUACACAUAGUUGGGUAGGAAACUCACUGAGACAGCGUGUCCACAGUUCUUUGUGUAGCUUUGGUAUUCUUGUGCUGAGGGCCAUACAGCAUACUCUGAAUAUUUAGACACUGAAAGAGAGAGAGAACCAAAGAUUGUAUAUGUUGAUUGGAAAAAAUGUUGUGAAUUUAGGCCAAAUAUUGAAUAUGUCAUCAAACUUAGUACUAUAACCUAUGGAAUAAUUGCUUUAUAGGCUUCCUAUGUGGUCCAAAGAAUUCAUUUUCAUCAAUUUAAAUAUGAGUAUUAUUAUUAUGGGAUGGACAGGUCUGGUUACCAAUAAAGUGCUAGCCAAGCUUCAAUAUUGCAUUCAAAUCUGCAUGUGACUGUAAAAAUAAAAAUACCUUAUUGGACAAAUUUA